GUUUACUAUUUUAAACGAUUUCUUCCCGUUCUUCAUCCAAAACUUUUAUUAAAUUAAUUGAUUUUCAUCUGCACAAUUUACUAGCAAUUGAACAUAUAUUAAAAAAAAAAAAAUUCUUCAUUUUGUAACACUUCAAACUUUCUUCUCCAGUUCCUCUCCUGUCAAUCUCUCACUAAUUUCAGCUUCACAUACCGAAGCUUCAGUUCAUUAAUGGACACUCCAUACCCCAAACCCAUUUCUCCAACCGAAACACGCAUAGGCUGGAUAGGUAUCGGCAUAAUGGGAGCUGCAAUGGCCUCUCGCCUACUCUCCGCUGGUUACACUGUCACUGUCUAUGCUCGCAACCCAUCAAAAGCCUCCCCUUUGCAAGCCAAAGGAGCCCAUCUCGCCAAUUCUCCAUAUGAUGUUGCAAAGUGUAGUGAUAUUGUCUUCACCAUGGUUGGACACCCAUCAGAUGUUCGAUCAAUUGUCUUAGGGAGCCAGGGCAAAGGCAUUAUUGAAGGACUAAAUCCAGGUGGUGUUAUAGUUGAUGCCACUAGUAGUCAUCCUGCUCUCGCACGUGAAAUAUUUGACGCUGCACGUGCAAAAGGUUGCUGGGCUGUUGAUUCUCCAGUUUCUGGUGGGGAUAUUGGUGCAAGAGAUGGAAAGUUAGCCAUUUUAGCUGGUGGAGACGAGGGUGUCGUUAAUUGGUUAUCACCCUUAUUUGGGUUGCUGGGUAAAUUUACUUAUAUGGGUCCUGCAGGUUGCGGACAGCAUUGCAAGAUAGCUAACCAGAUUGUGGUGGGGGCUAAUUUGUUGGGUUUGAGUGAAGGGCUUGUGUUCGCAGAGAAAGCAGGGUUGGAUAUGAAGAAGUGGAUAGAUGCAGUGAGAGGAGGGGCAGCAGGUUCAAUGGUGAUGGACUUGUUUGGGGAGAGAAUGAUAGGGAGGGACUUUAGGCCAGGUGGUUUUGCUGAGUAUAUGGUGAAGGAUAUGGGUAUGGGUGUGGAUGUAGUUGAGGAGAGGGAGGAUGAGAAGGUGCCAGUGUUACCUGGCGCUGCUUUGGGUAAGCAUUUGUUUGCCGGAAUGGUGGCAAAUGGAGAUGGGCAUCUUGGCACACAAGGUCUUAUAACUGUCAUAGAGAGGCUCAAUGGCAAGUAAGGUUUUUCGUCUCUUCUCUCUGUGGUUGUAGCUUGAGUAUUUUCUGUAUAUGUUUCCCCAGAAACAUCUAAUGUAUUGCCAAGAAUGGAUUGUUAUUGCUCAAUACAUUGAAUCACAAAUGAUUGCUCAUUGUGGUUUAUCCAUGUAAACUAGGACGUGUGUUUUCACCAUAAUAUUUAGUUAAAAACUUGCUCUUUAUAUGUGAUAACUACUCCCAGUUUUUGUCA